UUCCAGCUGGAAUCAAAGUUCUCCUCAUUGGCUCUCCCUCUUGUACUCUUCCAUGGAUGACCUCCUUCUCCUUUGGAUACAAACAAACACACCUUCUUAAGGGAAAUGACUAAAGCUUUAUUGGUGUUAUACAUUUUGCUAGAGCCGUUGCGGGGAGACCCGUGUCAUAUGCUGCGGUGCUGCGGAUGAAGGCAGACAGUUCGUCCUCCUCCUCCAUGAGCUCCAGAAUGAGGUUAAGGAACAGCCAUGGAGUGGGAUCAUCCAGCCAGGACUGGUCUCCGUUCUCCAGACACAGAUACUCAGCCCUCAGCUCACAGGAGGACUAUAGGAGCGAAGAGAGCGAGGAGUUUGGUCCGGUGUUCAUUCAAGAGCCUGACGAUGCAAUUUUUUCCUUGGAUUCAGACGAUAAGAAAAUCAUAAUGAAUUGUGAAGCCAGAGGAAACCCUGUUCCGACCUACAGUUGGCUGAUCAAUGGAACGAAUGUGGACACAGAAGCAGAUUUCCGCUACAGUUUGAUUGAUGGAAAUUUAAUAAUACACAAUGCAAGCGAAGUCAUCGAUUAUGGAAGAUACCAGUGCAGAGCUGAAAACAGCAUUGGCAUCGUCUUGAGUCGAGACGCCCUCCUGCAGUUUGCCUAUCUCGGCCCGUUCAGCGGUAAGACUAGAGGAGCUGUUUCGGUGAGGGAAGGCCAGGGGGUUGUGCUAAUGUGUGCCCCCCCUUCUCAUUCUCCAGAGAUCAUCUACAGCUGGGUGUUCAAUGAGCUCCCCUCAUUCGUGGCAGAAGACAGCCGGCGAUUCAUCUCGCAGGAAACGGGAAAUCUGUAUAUCUCCAAGGUGCAGCCCUCAGACGUGGGCAGCUACGUGUGCCAAGUGAAGAACACUGUGACCAACGCUAGGGUCCUGAGCCCGCCGACGCCCCUGACUCUCAAAACAGAUGGAGUAAUGGGGGAGUACGAGCCUAAAAUCGAAGCACAUUUUCCCCAGACGGUACUGGCAGCCAAAGGCGUCACCGUGAGGCUGGAGUGCUUUGCCCUUGGGAAUCCUGUCCCCACAAUCACCUGGAGGAAGAUGAGUGGAAACAUUCCCAAAAAAGCCCGUCUUCGCAAAUCACAGGCUGUUCUCGAGAUCCCCAACAUCCAGCUAGAGGAUUCUGGGAGUUACGAGUGUAAAGCUGAGAACACCAGAGGAGGCACCGCUUUCAGAGGACACCUGCAGGUCUACACUCUGCCGCAGUGGAUCAGCAUGAUAAAUGACACUCAACUGGACAGCGGAGAGCAGCUCCGUUGGGAGUGUCGAGCCACAGGAAAGCCCAGACCCACAUAUCGCUGGCUGCGCAAUGGAGAACCACUCAGCACACAGAGCAGAGUGGAAAUGGUGAAUGGAGAGCUAACCAUUCACAGACUCCAGCAGGCUGAUUCGGGGAUGUACCAGUGCAUCGCAGAGAACAAGUAUGGAGCCAUCUAUUCCAGCGCAGAGCUCAAAAUACUGGCAUCAGCUCCCAUGUUCAACAACAACCCAGUCCGUCUCAUCGCAACCGUUGGGAAAGACGUGUCUCUAGAGUGCCGUCCUCGUGCUUCACCCAAACCCAGAAUCUCAUGGAGGAAAAACGACCGAAGACUUCAACCCAGCCGAAGGAUCAUGUUACUUCGGAACAACACCCUGCGCAUCAUUAACUCCAGCCGCUCGGAUGAGGGAAGCUACGUGUGCCGUGCAGAAAACCAGUUUGGAUCAGCAGAGCUGACCACUGUGCUUCUGGUGAAAGAGCCCAUGCGGGUGGAGUUGAGCCCCCUGCGGGUGGAGGUGACGGUGGGAGAGAGUGUGGUGCUCAGCUGUAAAGUCACUCAUGACCCUUCGCUGGACGUGUCCUUCCUCUGGCUGCUGAACAACCAACCGCUCAACACACAGCAGGAUGGAGGACACUUUGAGUACAUCCAAACACAGUCCUCCACCGCAGACCUGAUGAUCAGGAGCAUCCUCCUGAAGCAUGCUGGGAAAUAUGGCUGUCGAGCUCAGACCAGCGCUGACAGUGUGCUUGCUGAAGCUGAGCUGCUGGUGCGAGGGCCUCCUGGAGCUCCUGGAGUGGUGAUUGUAGAGGAGAUCACGGCCAGCACCGCCACACUGUCAUGGAGCCACGGUGUCGACAACCACAGUCCAAUCACCACAUACAAUGUACAAGCACGGAGCCCUGUCUCUCUGGGAUGGCAGACAGUGAAAACCGAUCCAGACCCGGUGACAGGAAGCAUGGAGUCAGCCAUGGCAGUGGAUCUCAACCCCUGGGUGGAGUAUGAGUUUCGGGUGGUGGCCACAAACAGCAUAGGCACAGGCGACCCGAGCCCCCCAUCCAGAGCGGUGCGCACUAAAGAAGCAGUACCAUCUGUAGCCCCUGCCAACGUUCGAGGAGGGAACGGCCGCAGGCAUGAGCUGGUCAUAUCCUGGGAGCCAGUCUCAGAGGAGUACCAAAACGGAGAAGGCUUUGGCUACAUCGUGGCGUUUCGGGUCAACGGCACACGUGGAUGGAAAGAGAAGAUGGUGACGUCUGCAGAUUCCACCACAUACAAAUACAGAGAUGAGACAUUCCCCCCUCUGACCCCGUUUGAGGUGCGGGUUGGGGUUUAUAACAACAAAGGCGACGGGCCCUUCAGUGAAGUGGUCACUGUGUUCUCUGCGGAGGGAGAGCCCAGAGAGCCACCUUCAGAAGUGCAGGCAUUCGCAGUCUCUUCCUCGGAAAUUAAAGUCUUGUGGAAGCCGCCCAGUCCUGGACUUGGAAGACCCCAAGGAUAUGAGGUGAGCUUCUGGAAGGAUGUUGAGCAGGAGGAGUUGGGGAAGAAGAAGAGGACGUUGGGGAAUGAGACGAACAUGUUGUUGUCAGGGCUGGAUGGAAACACGCAAUAUCUGGUGUCUGUGAAAGGAUUCAACAGCGCCGGUCAAGGGCCAUCUAGCACAGCCGUCAAGAUCAGCACAAAGAAAAAUGCCCCAAGUCUACCUCCAGGCAACUUGAUGUGGAUUCAAGAGGGGAACAAUGUUUCUCUAUCCUGGGAUCCAGUGAAAGCAAGGGACAAUGAGUCAGAAGUCAUUGGGUACAAGGUAUUAUUGCGUCAAGAGGGACGUGGCCACAGCCAAGUCAUGAGGACUCCAAAUUCAGCAGUGGUCCUGACGCUUCCUGAAGGGGGAACAUACAUCAUUGAAGUGCGCGCAGUCAGUGAAGGAGGUGAAGGAGCCGCCAGCGCUCAGGUCAGAGUGCUCACCUCCUCAGGCGUGCGUGCAAAGAAUGGGCAGCUCUCUGUCCAGAAUUCACCUCCAGGCUUGGCAUGGACUGCUCUUUUCCUGUCAUUAAUGGUGCCUUCUUUUCCCUUGUGAGGCUACUGAGUCAUGUACUGUUCCUUUAAAACUUUCCUCCGCCUUCCUUCUAACAACCACACCCACUCACCUUCCCGUCUGAAGGGGAUGGGCUCUCGCUCCUCCACACAGACUGCCUGCUUCGGCCUGUACCAUCAACAGGACCUAUGGGCCAGCCAAAGGGAUGUGCUUCUUUUCCAAGGAUCAAGAAAUGCCUCGACUUUUUUUAUUUUACUUCCUUCCUUUCUAGGUUUUUCUUUGGGAUAUCAUUGUAGUGUUGUGCUGUACAAAGUGCAGAGAGACAGUUGUUUGAAAUCUCCAUGAAUCCGUUUUUUUUAGGGACUGUCAUCUGGAAGCUGCUAAGGCACCCUAUGCGUCCCUUUACUGCAUCCAUUUGACCCUUUGGCUGUCCGACAAGCAACGCAGAGUAAGCUCAGUAGAAAUAAGUGCAUUGUUUUCUUAAUAACAAGAGGAGAGUGUGGAGACUACGCAGACAAAAAAAAACAAACAUUUUUUAUAGUGCCGAAAAUCUUACUAUUUCCAGACUUGCUUUUUGUACAUUGUGUUACCUUUAGAGAAUCAAAAAAGCAAAACAAAAAACAUGUGGAACAGUGGUGUGUUUCGGUCGGCUGCGUCCAAGUUUUUGAACGUCUGUUUUCAUUUUUUUGUUACAUUCGGUGGGUUUUGAGAACUAGCAGGGUUGCUGGGCAACAGUGAAUCUGUCUGGACGAACCAGAGAUAAAGGGUUUGGACUCAACUUGUCGUGCCCAAACACCUCUGUAGACAAAAACCAAGGCUGAUCUGUAACAGUUGAAAUAAAUGUGAUGUAUAUUU